ACGUAGUGUGAUGUUAUUUUCCUAUCGUUUUCCAUUUGCUAGAGGCCGGUUUACAAAUACCCGAUACGGUGAUUAUUAUUUGUAUUUUUCCCAUGCAAGAUUGCGGAUUUAUGAUGAAACUGAAUGAUUUGUGAUUUGGAACAACGUGUCUGGUGAAAUGGGACACGACAAAGAUCAUCAGUCGGUUUAAAAUAUAGAAAAUUGAUGAAUUUUAUCAUGUUAGCACGCACACGUGUUUAGCCCUCGGAAAUGAUUUUGUCGAUAAGGAAGUGUGCCAUUGAUCGCGAAGGGAAUAAUUUUUCAUUGACAUAGCGUGAAACCGAAUAAAAAUCGAACAUGAAUAAGGUGAGCAACAUACCACCGGAUCUAGAUUUAGAUGAUCCAAAAUUUAGGAUCAAACCGUAUCAACAAAUUAUGGCUGCAUGUACUGGUGCUUUCAUCACAUCUAUUAUCGUUACCCCUUUGGAUGUGGUAAAAAUUAGACUUCAAGCACAACAGAAAGCUAUGCUUUCUAACAGGUGUUUUCUUUAUUGUAACGGUUUGAUGGAUCAUUUGUGUCCCUGUUUGAAUGGAAAAGGCCCACCUUGGGCUAGAGGAAAUGGACACUUUAAUGGCACAGUGGAUGCCCUUAUGAAAAUUAGUAAAAAUGAAGGAAUUCUUUCUUUAUGGAGUGGUCUAAGUCCCACUCUUGUCCUAGCAGUACCUGCAACCAUAGUGUAUUUUGUUUCAUAUGAACAAUUAAGAUUAUAUUUUAAGGUUGAUAAAAUUUCUCUUAACUUUCAUUUGCACCAUGAGCCUUUAAUGUUACUUAUGUUUUUGCAGGAUAAAUAUAAUAAACCAUUAAAUAAUGAAAGGCUUAAUAUAGCCGCUAUGGAACAACCAUUCUGGAUUCCCAUGAUGGCUGGAGCUAUAGCACGUAUUUGGGCUGCAACCUUAGUGAGCCCGUUAGAAUUAAUUAGAACAAAAAUGCAGUCACAAAAAUUAAGUUAUGCAGAAAUUACACAAGCAUUAAAAACUGUUAUAAAAUACAAUGGUAUUUUUGGGUUAUGGAUGGGACUGAGUAGCACUCUUCUACGCGACGUACCUUUUAGCGCAAUUUACUGGUUAAAUUAUGAAACUAUUAAGCAAAAAUUCCGUGGACCGCAAGAAACUUUUACUUUUAAUUUUGCAGCAGGUGCUAUAGCCGGAUCUAUGGCUGCAUUUUUUACAAUUCCCUUUGAUGUUGUAAAAACGCAUAGACAAAUAGAAAUGGGUGAGAAAGAAAUUUAUUCAGAUAAACCUGGACAUAGUAGCGGAACUUGGACUAUAAUACGAAAAAUUUACAAUCAAAACGGAAUAAAGGGAUUGUUCACAGGAUUAAUUCCGCGUGUAGUGAAGGUGGCACCAGCUUGCGCCAUCAUGAUAGCAACAUUCGAACACGGGAAAAGAUUUUUCCAAACGCACAAUGCUAGCUUGAUACUUGAACGCGAAAGUGAUUUACAGUAUUUACAACAUAAGCGCAAUAGUAAUAAAUGACAUGUGAAUCGUGUGAAAGAUUAUAAUAUAUUAAAUGUAAGCGACGCAAAUAAAUUUUAUUUAAAACUGA